UCUUGUCUGCUUUUCAGGUGUUAUACCAUUUUUAUUUGUGUUCAUUGUUAACAUUUUAAGCUUGGAAGAGAGAGACAGAACUAGACUUUUUAUAAACUACAAAUUUUAACAAUAAAUUUGAAAAAGUUUAAUGUCGUAAAAACAUGGAUAUUGACAAUAGAGAAAGUGCAUCUUGUUCCAGUAGAAUGGAUAACAAGGUUUAUAUGAAAGUAAAACCUUUUACUUGCGAAAUAUGCGGGAAAGAUGUUGCAUCCUCAAAUACUAUGAAAUUCCACAUGCAAAUACAUAGCGGGGAAAAACCCUAUGGUUGUGAAAUAUGUGGAAAAGAUUUUGCAAAUUCGAAUUCUUUGAAAUACCACAUGCGAACCCAUACUGAAGAGAAACCUUGUGCUUGUAAAAUAUGUGGAGAUGAUUUUGCAUGUUCAGAUACUCUGAAAUACCACAUGCAAAUACAUAGCAGGGAAAAACCUCAUGUUUAUGAAAUAUGUGGGAAAGAAUUCACCAUGACAAGUGAUUUGAAAAAGCAUAUGCGAACUCAUAUUGGAGAAAAACCGUAUGUUUGUAAUAUAUGUGGGAAAGAUUUUACCUGGACGAGUGAUUUGAAAAACCACAUACAAAGACAUACUGGAGAAAAACCUCAUGCUUGUGAAAUAUGUUUGAAAGAUUUUGCCAGGACAAGUGAUUUGAAAAAGCACAUGCGAACUCAUACUGGAGAAAAACCUCAUGCUUGUAAAAUAUGUGGGAAAGAUUUUGCUCGGAGAAACACUUUGGAAUACCACUUGCUAACACAUACUGGAGAAAAGCCUCAUGCCUGUGAAAUAUGUGGGAAAGGUUUCGCCCGUGAAAGGGGUUUGAAAUACCAUACGCUAACACAUACUGGAGAAAAGCCUCAUGCUUGUGAAUUAUGUGGGAAAAGUUUUUCAAUGCUUGGUCUAUUGAAGAGGCACAUGCGAAGCCAUACUGGAAAAAAACCUUAUGCCUGUGAAAUAUGUAGGAAAGACUUCCCAAAUACGAGUAAUUUGAAGCUGCACAUGCGAACGCAUACUGGAGAAAGACCUCAUCCUUGUCAAAUAUGUGGAAAAGAUUUUGUCCAAAAAAGUGGUUUGACAAUACACAUGCGAAUCCAUACUGGAGAGAAACCUUAUACUUGUGAAUUAUGUGGGAAAGAUUUUCGAAUUGCGAGUAAUUUGAAAAGGCAUAUGCGAAUCCAUACUGAAGUAAAGCCUUCAUUCACAUGCGCACUCAUACUGGAGAAAAACCUCAUUCUUGUAAAAUAUGUGGAAAAGAUUUUUCAAGAUCAGAUAAUAACUCAUACUGGUGAAAAUCCUAUUUCAUGUGAAAUUUGCGGAAAAUAUUUUGCCAGGACACUUCGUUUGAAAACGCACAUGCGAACGCAUACUGGAGAAAAACCUUAUACUUGUAAAAUAUGUUUAAAAGAUUUUGCAAGAUCAGGUAGCCUGAAAUCCCACAUGCGAACUCAUACUAGUGAAAAACCAUAAUGUGGGAAAAAUUUUGCAAGAUCACAAGCGAUCUCAUACUUGUGAAAACCCAAUUCAUGUGAAAUUUGUGCAAAAGAUUUUUCAUGGCCAAGUGAUUUAAUAAAUAACAUGCGAACACACGCUGGAGAAAAACCUCUUUUUUUAAAGUAUGUGGAAAAGAUUUCACAUGGCUAAGUAAUUUGAAAAAUCACGGGCUUCAACACAUUGGAGAAAAAGCUCAUGUUUUGCAAGAAUGGAUCUCUUGAAAAGACACAAGCCUACCCAUACUGCUAA